AUGACCGUCAACACAACGCACCACAUUUGCCACGACAAGACCAAGUUCGCAAGUUUGGCAGAGCGCAAUGAGGGCGAACUCUUGGUGGCUGAUGGCAACAAGGUGGCCAUCAAGGGUGUGGGAACCAUCAUGGAAAAGGUGGUUCUGCCCAACGGUGAAGAGCGUGAGAUCGAAAUCAAGAACGCGCUAUAUGUUCCAAGUAUGAGCAAGAACCUGCUCUCGGUGCCACAGAUUAACAGCCAUGGCAAGUUUCAAGUCGUGUUUGACGGGUCCAAGAUGUAUGUGACUCUCAAGAACUCACAGCAAGUGGUGGCGACAGCGGAUCUCGUGGAUGGACUCUACUGGCUUCGGACGACUCAACGAUCAGCGAAUGUGACAACAAGUGGAACCAGUUGUGCCGAUCUACAUGCGAGAAUGGGUCAUGCUCCAGUCGAUGUACUUCGCAAGAUGAUCGCGACCAACAUGAUCAAGGAUGUGCGAGUCCCUCUCAAGUCGGGUGGAGCAACUACAUGUCGAGGAUGUCAACAAGGGAAAAUGGUCCAAAAACCAUUUCCAAGCAACCGAGACAAGCGCAGCUACGAUACGUUUGAGCUACUUCAUCUGGACAUCUGCGGGCCCAUGGAAAAGGAUUCGCUCGGUGGCAGCAAAUAUUUGCUGCUGAUCAUCGACGAAGCCAGUGGAUGCAUGAAGGGCUUUUGUCUACGAGUGAAGUCCGAGAGUGAAGACUACAUCCGGAAAUAUAUCACCAUGGUACAGACGCAAUUCUGUAAGAAGGUCAAGUUCGUGCGACACGACGGAGCUCGCGAGUUUGCAACCAACUCGCUUCAACUGUUCUACGAAGACGAAGGCAUUGAACAGCAGACAACGGUGCCGUAUGCACAUCAAACAAACGGAACAGCAGAGCGUGCCAUUAGGACUAUUGUCACGAUCGGCCGCAGCAUGCUUCAUCAUGCCAAACUGGACAAGUGUUUCUGGGCCGAAGCAGCGAUGACGGCCAUCUACGUCAAGAAUCGACUGCCGUCACCUAAAGUCGUGCACAAGACCCCGUUUGAGAUCGUCUACAACUUGAAACCAAGCGUCAAGCACAUGCGAACAUUCGGGUGUCAGACAUACAUACUGACGCCUAAAGAGAAUCGACUCAAGUGGGAUCCAAAGGCUCGCGCUGGCAUAUUCGUGGGCUACGACGAAGUUUCGAAGGCAUAUCGUGUUUAUGACAUCGAGGCGGGGCAGGUGGUUAUCAGCCGCGAUGUCAACUUCGACGAGUCCACCUUUGGACUUCAACUGCCGAUCACUGAUGAAGAUGUCGAUGACCUGGACUUCGAAUUGCUGGAUCUUGAUGACGAAGAGCUGCGUCAAAUGGAGUACAAGCAAACAGGCAAGCGCAAGAACCGACUCAAUGAUGAAGAUACAGCAGCUCCACGACCGCGUGCAGUGCGUCAACGACCAGGACUAGAAGAGUCAAGCGCGCCGGAAAACAACUCGUCACGACAAGAAGAAGACGAAGAAACGAAGGAUUCUGGUGAUUCAACACCGCCUGUGUUUUGGCGUGCGAGUGCAAAUGCCGUUGAAGCAGCAGUGGACUUAUCAGAACCCUCAACAUUUGAAGCAGCAGUAAGCGGCCCUGACCAAGUGCACUGGAGAAAAGCAAUUCAUGCAGAGCUCGAGUCAAUGCGACUUCGCGGUGUGUUUCGUGCAGCCAAGCUGCCCAACGGACAACGCGCCAUUGGCACAAAAUGUGAUAAAUUUUAG